CCAACACUCCCAUCUGCAGCUCUAUCUACUCUUAUUCUUCAGUGACCUUUAAAAAAUACAAUUUAACAUUUUUUUUACUUUAUUUCAUUUUAGAUAUGAUGCCCUUCCAUUUGAAAGUAUAUCAUGAUGAUGUCUAUAAACAUGCAAACAAUUCUUAUAAGGUGAUAUAGCAGCAAAAUGAAAAUUCUUAAAAAUGCAUUCAGUGAAAACUAUCAAUAAUAAUUUUUAAAAUGAGCUGGAUGUGGUUAAAUAUUCUUUAAAAAAAAGACUGUGGUGCUUAGGAGAACAAUUGUGAAGCACAUGAGUUUCUUCAGUAAAAGGGAAGCCUUUAUUUUUGUCCUUAUUGAUUGGCAUUUCUGUUUAAUCUAUUUACCAGACAUCAUGCAUAAUUAUUCUUAGAAAUUUUUGAAAUUAUAAAUAAAAACACUUAAUGCUUCUGAUGGACUACAGCAUGCCAGAAAUGAUGUCAUUUUAAAAAUAUUAUAUAUUUAAGACUUUUGAUUCAACUUUGUGCAUUAAAUUUUAGUUCCAUGCUAGAUCAUUUAAUGGAACAUUUUUUUUGUUUUGCAAGCUUUCCCAUAACUUGUAGGUGCCCUGCAUGGAUAAUAGAAUAAUUCUAAUUUUCUUAGGAUAGCACUGAAAGUUCAACAUAUUUGGAAGGUAGCAAGUUAAAAGGAGUAUGUGGUAGCCUCUGAUUUAUAACAAAGUUCUUUUUUUAUUAUUUAAUUCAAUUGUGGAACUGCUUAACUACAGAGAGACAGCUCACAAUAUAAAAACAAAAUAUAUGAAGAUAAUAAAAAUAUGAGGAAAAGAAGAAACAGAAUCACAUCAAACCUUAUACAAUAUAUGUUAAAAACCUCUAACAAGUGGGUUCCAUCUACCUUAUCCCAAGGCAUGAAAAACAGGCACAUGUUUAACAUCUUCUGGAAAGCUAUCUGGGCAGGAGAUGUACUCUUAAUAACACAGCCUACUUGUAUAUAUGAUAAAAUGGAGAAUAUGGAUGCUGCUAUCAUGGAUGAUGGUGAAACUACUGGUUUUCAGAUAUUUCUGCAGAUAGCUAGAUGAUCACUUCUUAGAAGUACUACAGUACUUUUUGUAUCCCUGAAUUGUAACUGAACUGACUUCUGCUAAUGCCUCUCUUAACUGGAAGCCAUCAAUCAUAUGUAACUUUGAAUGUGUUACAACCUUUCUGAGGGUCGUGAUUGACAUAACCAAUCACUUCUUUUUUAACAAAAACUGUUUAAGUUGAUCAUAUGGCCAAAUAACUUACAUUUCUUGAACUCAUUCAUUCAUUCUGGGGAAAGAGGCCACAAUGGGGUACAAUUAAUUAGAGAAGAAUAAACCACAGUAGAUGAUCUCUGCUCAAGAUAAGCUCUUCCAAGCUUAAUGAUGGACAGCAAUUUUCCUCUUAAUUAAUGCUGCACCCUAAUUGUAAAUCUACUAAUUAUUUCCUCAUGGUUCUUAAUUUGAUUCUUCAGACUUUUCAGAUGGAAUGACUUUAGUAAACCUGAUUCCUUCCCAGGUGUACUAUCUACAUUAAACCUCCCAUAGGAUAAUCAACCUGAAGACCACCAGCUUGGGAAAAGGGAUCAAGAAGUUUAAAACUAAGAAAAAAUGCUACCCUCUGAAAAUAAAGAUGACCAAGAUGGUGAGGUGAAUGAACAGAGCAGUUCACUGUCUAAUUUACAUCUUGCUGGAGCUUCACUAAGUGGGGACUCAUUUUUGGACAGUCCAAGCGAGCGAUCUAAUACUCUGAGCGUUAGCCGCCUUCGUCUGCGCUCUUCGUAGCCAAGCACGAGCUCACUUCCUUCCCGGCUCAGCUGGAUCAAGGUCUCCGCUCUCCGUCCUCCCGCAACGCCGAAGUUCCUUAAUCCACGCCCUCAUCCCGCAACCUCGGGAUUUCCCCAGGCAGCCGGCGCAACGCCGAGCCUUGCGCGGUGUGAAACGCCGACUCUUUUUCCCCUCUUCCCACCUCCGCCUCCCCUUUUAUCUUUCCGACACAUCUGCUUGGGGCUCCGACAAGGGAUGGCGCAGGUCGUCACGCGCAGGUCGUCCGCUUGAAGCGAGAGCCGCUGCCGCUCGCCCAGCCGCUGUAACGGGAACGAUGGGCCGGAGCCCAAGGUGCGGAUGAUGUGCUAGCCUCCCUGCCAGGCGCGAGAGGCGGCUAUUUUUAGAAAGCCCUGCAAUUUCCCCCCUUUCCCCUCCCCUCGCGAAGCCUGGAGUAGAACAGCGGCGCCGGGAGAGCCAGUCUUAAGCGCCAACGCCGCCGCGAGCCCCGCUGGCGGAACUGCCCACGGCCGGCCGGCCGGCCAGCAGAGCGAAGCCUUUCGGCUGCCCAGCGCCCAGGGUGUGAGCUACCUUUGACAUGCACUGCCUGACUGAGGAACUACUACAUUAGUUGUCUGAAGGAGUACUGCCUGGCAAUUCAAAAAGGACUUGGCAAGCCUUUGCUCAAGGUGAAACCAGGGCAGAGAGGCUGGAGAGAAGACAGUUCCCUUGAUCAUUGAGAUCUACAUAAGGUAGCCCUUGACUCCAAGCUUUCCAUCAGCAGCACUGGAUGAGAAUUCAACAACUUCCUAGAGCUCACUAACGUGGCCAGCAGUAUGGAUUUUGUGAUGAAACAAGCCUUAGGGGGGGCCACGAAGGACAUGGGUAAAAUGUUGGGAGGAGAAGAGGAGAAAGACCCCGAUGCGCAAAAGAAGGAGGAAGAACGACAAGAAGCUUUACGCCAGCAAGAGGAAGAGCGCAAGGCAAAGCAUGCCCGCAUGGAGGCUGAACGGGAAAAGGUUCGGCAGCAAAUCCGUGAUAAGUACGGCCUAAAGAAGAAAGAGGAGAAAGAGGCAGAGGAGAAGGCAGCACUGGAACAGCCCUGUGAGGGGAGCCUGACACGACCCAAGAAAGCCAUCCCAGCUGGCUGUGGAGAUGAUGAAGAUGAGGAUGAGGAGAGCAUUCUGGAUACGGUGCUCAAGUAUCUGCCAGGUCCAUUGCAGGACAUGUUCAAGAAGUAGCCGCCAUACCAGCCCAAAUCCCACCCAGAGUUUCCUGGUGUUGCCAGCUCAACACUUGGUUCAGGCUUUUGGGUGGUGAAGGGACUUUCUUUUGGGGUUUCAUGGGGCAUUUUCCUUUCCAGUUUUUGUUUCAAGGGGAGACUUCACACAUGUCUUUGUGCCACAGGCCUUUCCCAGGCCUUCUUCUCGGUCCCCAAGAGAUGCACAUCAGGCACGGGACAUACUCCCUACCCUGUCCUCUUGCUAUCGUCACUCUAGGCUGCUGGAUUCCUUGGAGUCACCGGCUGGGCACUGCCAGGAGUUUAUCUCCUUUCCCUCACCUGAGCUUUCCCUUCCCAACACAGAGCUGGAAUGGAGUUCUGUGGUGCCAAAGGGCCAGCCGGCUAGAAGGUCAAAUCAAAGCAAAAACAAAUGGGAACUGGGACCAAAUUCAAUUACGCAACCUCAUGGGGUUUUGGAGGAGAAGGCAACAGAGGGAAGCCAGGCCCCUGCACAAUCCUCUGAGCCUGCCUCCUUCUCCCAUAUUCCUUAGCCCUGUGCUGACUGCCAAACAGAGAUUGUGGCCUGUUAGUCUCUGUUCUGCUGUUCCUGCCUAAUUCAUGGGGGCCAAGGCAGCCCCUGCACAUUCCAUCUCUGACCAAAGGAAGGACCAGUUGGAUACACAUACACACACACAAUGUUCUCAAGCCUAACUUUAGGGCUGUUGGCAAAUCAUAGUUUUGUCAUAUGCUUGUGGAGGAAGAGCUCAUUUCUGAAAAGAAUCAAACUCCCACCAGACGCCUAGCAUGGAGGCCCACUGCAAAGAAUUUUGAGUUACUAAUAGAAGAAAAUUACCUGGGCUGCUUGAUCCCUGCACUAACAUUUAUAGAGACAGCAGCAUAGCCUUUCAAGGCCAGGGAGUUCCAGUUGCCUACUUACUAGACCAAAGGGUCUAUGUUAAAGCCAGUAAACCCAUCCCUAUCAUAGCUUGAUCCUAGGAUGCUGAUAAUCUCUUUCCCAAUGGAAACAUAAUGGCAAGCACAAAUAUUAGCAGAAUUGUUCUUGCAUCCAAGAUAGAAAUUGUUCCCUUUUCUUUUUCACUGAAGUGUCUAGAAAGACUAUAGGCAUGCAUACCCAGACACACAUGCUGAUUCCAAAGGACAGGUCCUUCGUGGUCUAUGAGAAAACUUUCCCAUUUUUCAAUCUCUGCAGCCCAAUGUGGCCUGGGAGUGUGGUGGGCAUCCGACCCACACUCUAGCAUAUGGCAGUAGUUCCCCUUCACUGCACAGUUGUUGCAUUCACACCGUAGCCGAUUCUCCCCAUUGUUUCUUCAAAGCCACAACAUUACACAAAAAGAGGUGACUAUGAGACAAGGAGGAAGCCUCACUGCUGAUUUGGCCUACUGCCCUCUCCCCAAUAUCAACAGUCCUUGGCCACUGCUGAAAACAAAAUCAAACAUCCAUCCUUCUAUGGGGAAGUUUUGUAGUUUUCAUUCUUGUGUUUAUUUGGGAAGAAGGAAGGCCUGGAUUAUUUGGUAAAUUUUCCUGGUACUCUGUCCCUUCUACUUUUGUUUGGGGAUGGGGUCAAGUUUAAUUUUGGGAGUUAUCUCCCUGCAUCCAAAAUCCACCAUUUUUUCUUUCUAUCCUUCCUUUCUUCCUUAAUAGUUAAAGCCAUAUCAGUUAGACUGCAAUACUAUCAACGCUAAAAACUCUGCAGGCUGCGCUCUGUCAUGCUGUAUAAAGGAGCGUCUUGGGGUCAGGGACCAUCCCCUUGCCCCCUUGCCUGCUUGUCUGUGUCUCUGGCCGCCCAACAUGUUUUGCAUAGGUAUCUCUGUAACAGGGUAAAUCACCCAAAACACCUGUUUUAUGUCUUAUUGUCUCUGCUAGUCACUCAUUAGAUGGUCAUCAUGCAGCCCCAUGGAGCUGGAAACAAAAGGUCCUCAGGUAAAGUGAAAAGGGGACCAGGUUGGAGGUGGUCAGAGGACAGCCCAUUAGCACCUGUUUUGUCAAUAUAAUGUGAGCUUGUCUGCAGUCAUCCCAUAGGACAAAAGAGUGUGAUUGUAAGAAUCCUGCAAGUUUCAUGCUGGUUGCUAGGCAAGUAAACUCUGUGCCAAAGUGGCAGGACUUUGCCAGGGGAACACAAGUUGUUUAUUGUCUACAUAAUCCUCCUGGCUGAAUAUUGAAAAUUGCAAUAAAUCUACUUUUCACAUGGGGCAAAGGGCUGAUGCUGAAGCCAGCUUCCCACACUGUGGUGAUGCUGUUGCUCUCAGUUGACAAAAUUACCACUAUAUUCAUUCUUUGGUAUUUAGGCAGAGAGAAGUACCAAUAAAUCUCUGGACCCUACCAAUCUGAGAACUCCAUUCUGGGCAAGAAGAGGCAAAAAAAAACCCAUGUUGUAGAAUACUGGAAGGACAUGAAGUAGCAAUGCCCACGAAAAUGAGACAAAAUUAAACCUAACUUCACCAUGUGCAAAUGUCAGUAGGGCAUUCUCACACAAAAAAUAUACAAAUCAGAAAUCUAAGCCUCUUCCUCAGCUACUAGGAUAAGAACAGAAGCACUGAACCACAGGAGACAUAUUUGUGUUGCAGCUCAUUUCAGCAUCCUCUGUUGGGGAAGAACCAUUUUGGUCCCCCUUGAUCUUUGACCUCUGACAUUGUUUCCAUGUCAGGGGGAGGAGCUGCAGGACACAGUUUCCAGGUCACUGAAGAAGCCGGGAGAAACCCCUAAUGUUCUCCUUCAAAUCUUACUUAAUGGAGCUGGAUCAGCUUCCAACUUGAAAUCUACAUGAACUGCAGAGAGUAUAUGGUGUUUUAUGUAUGUAUGUAUGUGAAUGAGUGAGUGAGUAAAUGAAUAAGAGAAAGAAUAGAAAGAAAAAAACAAGAGAUAAAAGUCAAAACAAGUUCAGUGAUGCCUUUUGAUCAGUCUCCCUCAACCAGCUUUUCCCAACCUGAUGUCCUGUGAUUGUGUCGGGAUUCAUUUCCCUGCAUUUUCAAGUUGAAUCUCACCAUAUCUGAAGAAUUCUACCUUAUCCCACAUAUAAAGGUUAAGAUAUCCUUCUAGGUCACCAGACUGAUGGGUAUCUAUAGAUUCCAGCUGUUUUUACCAAAAUGAUAAAAGCAGUGUCAUACUAUUGUGUUGAAGUCCCUUUUGGACAUACAGACAAUAUGACAUGCAUAUGUACAGAAGGCGUAUCCUAUGUCGUGGUUCUGCUUUGCUCAGAUUGACCAAUUUGACUCCCUACAGAGGUUGAGGAUUAGAUUAUUUUUGGUUCCAUCACUUUUUAUAGCCAUAGAACUUACCUAGGUUUGCCUACAAUGAGAGAUACAUGUGUAUCACACACCCUGAUGCAUUUGCUUGUCAUUACUAUGAAUGAAUGUUUGUAUGUCAUAGAAUGACCAUUUGUAAGCAUUCAUGGGUGAGAGAUGAAUGAGAGAAAAUAGCAUAACAGGUGAGAAGGCAUGUUGAAUGUUUCUUGUAUUUCUUCCAAGCACAUGGAUGUGUGAGAUCACAAGACAAAUUAGUAGUGUAUCUGUCUAUGUGCUGUAAAGGCCUCGGGGAACAAAUAUGUCUUACCAUGAAACCAGGAGAAAUCUCUGAAUCUGUUUCCCAAGAAUCAGUUAAACUAUGGGCCAUUUUUUUUCAAAUGGCUUCUACAAUAGGACAUCCUUUGGGAAUUCACUAUUGUCACAAAAUAAUUGACUCCAGCCUUCCAAUGCAUCCUGUCCCCUCCUUGGCUGGUGCCCAAGAGCUAGUUGUCAUAUGCAUGGAGUUGCUUUUCUCUACUUUCCUCUCACUAAUCUGUUGAGGAAGUUGACUGCCCAUCCACUAAGCCAAGGGGUUGUAUGAACCAUUCUGCCUUGCUUGUGCCAUCUGCUUUCUAGAAUCAUUGUGUCUAAUUGGCUAGUCCUCGUCCCACCUGCAACCACCAAGGGCAUCUAUCACAAUGAUGGGGCAAAUGAGUUAUACGGCCAAUCCAGUGCAAACACAGCUCCCUGCAGGCCCUUCAGGUUAUUGUUGCCAGGCGGGGGGGGGGGCAGAAGGGGGGGAGGCUGACAGGCAAGCUAUGUAGCUGAAUCUGAGCCAAAGGGAUACCUGAUCUCUGAGUCUUUUGUUUAACCUGGGGAGCUGGCAGGGAGUUGGUUACGCCCCUUUCCCGGUCUAUGUGGGGUAAAAGAUGCAGGCAAAAGGGGCAGGGAAGACUUGAAGGGCUCCAUCCAUCCACUCUAUGGUGACCAUUCUGCUCUACCUAGUCUUUGAAGAAAAAUAAUAAAAUAAAGAAGUUUGUACAUUG